UUCCAUUGUUACGUCAGAACCGAAUCGCAAAUAGAAGUGUCAAAUCAAUGCCUUCAUAUAAAAUUGUGUAAUCCCCAAAAAAUAAAACGAUUUUUCCGAAUUGCAACAACAGGUUUGUUCCAAGAUGUUAUCAAUUUUGAAGCAGACUUCUGCAACAACAACAAAUUUUCAAAGGGCAUUAUGUAAAUGUUACUCCUCUGUGGUUCAACUGGAUAAAAUACCCGAUUUUCCUGUAAAAAAUGAGCCUGUCCUUGGUUAUCUCAAGAACUCUCCCGAACGAAAACAGCUAGAAGAUGCCAUCAAACAGUUGUCCUCUCAGGUCGAAGAAGUACCCUUGGUUAUUGGUGAUAAGGAAUACAAGACUGACGAUGUCAGGUAUCAGGUGAUGCCACAUAACCAUAAGCACAAAAUUGCAAAAUUUUACUACGCAAACAAAGAGCUCCUCAACAAAGCUAUACAGGUGGCAACAGAAACGCAAAAAAAAUGGGAUAGGGUUCCUAUUGCAGAUAGGAUAAAGAUCUGGGAUAGGGCGGCAACCAUGAUGUCCAAAGAAUGGAGGGCACGACUGAAUGCGGCCACUAUGCUGGGGCAAUCUAAGACCAUGGUACAAGCAGAGAUAGACUCUGCAGCUGAACUGAUCGACUUCUUUAGGUUCAACAGUUAUUUCUUCAAGGAAGCCAUCAAGUACCAGCCAAUAUCCGAGAAUCCCAAAGAAACAAUAAAUUCCAUGAGGUAUAGGGGUGUGGACGGCUUUAUGGCUGCUGUUGCCCCAUUCAACUUUACCGCAAUUGGUGGAAACCUAGCCUAUACUCCCGCUCUUGCGGGAAAUGCUGUGCUGUGGAAGCCAAGUGACACAGCCCUCUUGUCAAACUGGCAAAUCUUCAAGAUCUGCAGAGAGGCUGGAGUGCCAGCUGGAGUUGUUAAUUUUGUACCUGCUGAUGGGCCUGUUUUCGGGGACACAAUCACUGCCUCGCCUCAUUUCGCUGGGUUGAACUUCACUGGAAGUGUACCAACUUUCCAGAGAUUAUGGAAUCAAGUGGGUCAAAACUUGAACAAAUACAUCAAUUUUCCUAGGCUAAUUGGAGAGUGUGGAGGUAAGAAUUAUCAUUUCAUACAUCCAUCGGCAGAUGUCCAGUCUGUAGUAAAUGGUACUAUCAGAAGCGCUUUUGAAUACUGCGGCCAAAAAUGCAGUGCAUGUUCAAGAAUGUAUGUUCCUGAAAGCUUAUGGCCAAAGAUCAAGGAUGGUCUCAUAGCAGAGAGAAACAAACUGAAGAUCGGUGAUCCUACAGAAGUAGACACAUUUACUGGAGCUGUCAUUGAUGCAAGAGCUUUUGAUAGAAUAUCUGGUUAUAUAAACCACGCCAAAAACUCUAGUAAUCUAUCAAUUGUCGCAGGAGGAAAAUGCGACAAUAGUGUUGGUUACUUCAUCGAGCCAACAAUUGUUCAAUCAACAGAUCCUAAAGACAAGAUCAUGACUGAAGAGAUCUUUGGACCUGUUUUAGCAGUGUACGUUUACAAGGAUGGGAAAGAGGAUGAAAUAAUGGGGCUUAUUGAAAGUUCUACCCAAUUUGCCCUGACUGGAGCUGUAUUUGCAAAGGAUGUAGCUUUCCAGAAGAAGGCACUGGACACUUUGAAAAUUACUGCAGGUAACUUCUACAUAAAUGAUAAGUCGACAGGUAGUGUGGUUGGCCAACAACCAUUUGGAGGUGCCCGAAUGUCAGGUACUAAUGAUAAGGCAGGUGGACCCCAUUACGUCUUAAGAUUUGCCAAUCCUCAGGCGAUAAAAGAAACUUUCCAACCAUUGAAGGAUAUAACUUAUCCUUACAUGCAUGAAUAAGUCAAUAUUAUAAUGUAACAUCGUAAAUUUGAAAAAUAUCUUCGGUUUUAUUAAGCUGAAUUUUUAAAUUUAACCGGGAUUCAGUUACCCGUUUUAUAUUUUGAUCUGAAAAUGUACAACAUCAACAUAGACAAGCUCUUAUCAUACAUUUGUUGGAUAUUUGUUGGAAGACACCUGGAUUUUCUCUCACUAGGUGCGAUAGCUUCUCAGUUAUCUAGACUGCAACCUCGUUAUUUAUGUAAAUUAUAAACUUAUCCUUUGUUUAUUAAUUCGAAAAUAUAUUUUCCAGUUAUUUAUAUCUAUAUUUUUCCAAAUAUUUUCUUGUGGAUAUUAGUUUGAAGUAGACUUGUAGGGCGAAAAUUUUCGGCCUCAUAUUUUGAUGAAAAUGUUAAUGAAAUGGAAAAAGUGUUUGUGUUUUUUUUUUGUCAUGAUAUAUUUGAAUAGUUUAUUUUAUUAUGUUGAAUUUUUCCUAUUGUAAUUAUAAAAACUGACAAUAUUAUCAUGUUACGUAAAUGGAGAUGAAUGUAAAUUGUUCAUUUGAAAUUACAUAUCCAAGAUAUGUAUGUAAUUUAGUAUGUAUAUUGGUUCUGAAAAUAAGAUUAGAGAAUAGAAGUCAAGUGUUUUCAUUUUAUAUGUGCAAAGUAUUAUAAUUUGGAUCUGAAAUAUUUCUAGUAGCAAUAAAAAAAUUGUUGUUUUGAAAAAUCA